ACUGCUCCCGCCCCGCGCACCACAGCCCCUAGUCCCCCACCCCGCGCCAGGUGUCCCAGGAGGCCCUACCGCGCCUCGCACGCCCUCUCUGUGUCGGUCGUCCCCCACCCACCCAGAGCAUACUGAGCCACAGCUACCCACAGAAUCAGGCUUUUUAAAGGCACCCGCCCCAAAAUCUACACGGCCACAAUAGGUGGGAUGGGGAAGCCGAGGCAUCGGGAAACAGGGAGGCCCCUUUCUGAGGGCCUCGAACCUCGCGCCUCCCACAGUGAGUAGUGUUAGCACUGAAGGGGUUAAGCUCGCCCGGGGACCCUGCGGUUCCAGGCAUAGGGACGGAUCCUGGCGCUUUCUCCCUUCAGACCACAGGGUGCUGCUGCAGUGGAGGCAGCUGAGUUAGGUGAGGGGCUUGAAGCCCUGCAAGAGGGAUGUGGCAAGAGGGGAAGGAAGUGCCUGUCACUGACUAGUGUUGCUGAAUUGUCCGCAAGAUUAACGAAGUGGGGAAGGGAAAGACAGGAGGCACUCUGAAGCAGGUUUCCAUCUCAGUGGCAUGGUCAUGCAGCUAGGCCCAGCUCUGGUGAUGGGCAUAGCCCUGUGCCUGGGAUGUGGCCAGUCCUUGCUGCAGGAUCCUGAACGACCCUUCUCUGUGCUAUGGAAUGUACCCUCAGCACGCUGUAAGGCUCGCUUUGGUGUGCAUCUACCACUCACUACCCUGGGCAUUAUAGCCAACCGUGGCCAGUGUUUCCACGGCCAAAAUGUUACCAUCUUUUACAAGAACCAGUUUGGCCUCUAUCCCUACCUUGGACCCAGGGGCACAGUUCACAAUGGGGGCAUCCCCCAGGCCGUGCCCCUAGAUCGCCACCUGGCAUGGGCUGCCUACCAGAUCCGCCAGAGCUUAGGACUCAGGUUUGCUGGCCUGGCAGUGCUGGACUGGGAGGAGUGGUGUCCACUCUGGGCUGAAAACUGGGGCCGCCGUAAAGUUUACAAGGCAGCCUCCUGGGCUUGGGCGCAGCGUAUGUUUCCUGGACUAGACCCUCAGGAGCAGCUCCACAAAGCCCAUACUAGCUUUGAACAGGCAGCUCGUGCACUAAUGGAGAGUACCCUAAGGUUGGGCCGGGCACUGCGUCCCCAUGGUCUCUGGGGCUUCUAUCGAUACCCAGCCUGUGGCAAUGGUUGGCACCAUAUGGCCUCCAACUACACCGGCCGCUGCCAUGAGGCCACCCUGGCUCGGAACACCAAACUGCACUGGCUUUGGGCUGCCUCCAGUGCUCUCUUUCCCAGCAUCUACCUUCCACCCAAGCUGCCACCUGCCUACCGCCAGGCCUUUGUGCAACACCGCCUGGAGGAGGCCUUCCGUGUGGCCCUUGCUGGGUACCCAUAUCCUCUGCCUGUCUUGGCCUAUGUCCGCCUCACACACCGGCGCUCUGGGAGGUUUUUGUCCCAGGAUGACCUGGUGCAGACCAUUGGUGUGAGCGCAGCACUGGGGGCAGCCGGCGUGGUGCUCUGGGGAGACUUGAGUUUCUCCAGCUCUGAGGAGGAGUGCUGGCAUCUCCAUGACUAUCUGGUGGGCACUCUAGGCCCAUAUGUGAUCAAUGUGACCACAGCAGCCAUGGCCUGUAGUCACCAGCUGUGCCAUGGUCAUGGACGUUGUGCCAGGCAAGACCCAGGACAAAGGGAAGCCUUUCUGCAUGUACAGCCAGAUGGCAGCCUUGGAACGUGGGAGUCCUUUAGCUGCCACUGUUAUCAGGGCUGGGCUGGCCCUACCUGCCAGGAGCCCAGACCUGAGGGUAGACCUCAGGAAGCAGCAUAAAGCCAGAAAUAUGCCCCUGUCUCUUCUUUGCCUCUCUUGCCGUUUUCCUGGUCCUAUAGGAACUCUCCCACUUCCUCUAAUCAGCUUACAGUCAACCUUCCCAAAUACUCUACUUGUGGGAUCCCUGAAGGGAGAAAAAAGGGAGCUCAGGGAAGAGGGGGUGUGGGAUGUAAAAGGCCCUUUGAGAUCAGCCAACUCUUCAAAAAUUGCUAGUCUAGGGCUUUGUUCUGCUUUGAUCUGCACGGAUAGAUCACAAGAGGCCCAUCCUAGGGCAGAGAGCCCUCAAAUAGAUCUGGGUUAAGAUCUGGCUUAGACUGUUGCUUGUACUCUGCUUUCAUCAUAAAGUCACUUUUUCUUUCAU